AUGGACGUCGAGUACGAUUCCGACGACGCGCGCUCGGUAACCCAUGUCGGGGCAACCGGAGAUACCGUUGAGUGGCAGCGCACGAUAGAAAAGGUGGUCAAGAAUGUCGUUUCCAUCCAUUUCUGCCAGACGGCUGCCUUUGAUACCGAUUCUGCCUUGGCAAGUGAGGCGACUGGCUUUGUGGUGGACGCGGAGAAGGGAUACAUCCUUACGAACAGGCACGUAGUAGGCGCAGGCCCGUUCUGGGGAUACGUCAUCUUCGACAAUCAUGAGGAGGUCGAUGUUCACCCCAUCUAUCGCGAUCCCGUUCACGACUUUGGCAUUCUGCGCUUCGAUCCCAAGGCCGUCAAAUAUCUGGACCUCACGGCAUUGCAGCUGAAGCCGGACCUUGCUCGCAUCGGAGAAGAAAUCAGGGUUGUUGGUAAUGAUGCUGGAGAGAAGCUCAGUAUUCUUUCUGGUGUCAUUUCCAGAUUGGAUCGCAAUGCACCCGAGUAUGGUGAGGGAUACAGUGAUUUCAACACCAAUUACAUUCAGGCAGCUGCAGCUGCCAGCGGCGGAAGUUCUGGCAGUCCCGUGGUCUGCAAGGAUGGUUCCGCCGUUGCGCUGCAAGCCGGUGGCAGAGCCGACGGAGCAUCUACUGACUACUUCUUGCCGCUCGACCGCCCGCUUCGCGCGUUGCAAUGCAUUCGCAAUGGCCAGCCGGUCACGCGCGGCACCAUUCAAACGCAGUGGCUCUUGAAGCCCUUCGAUGAAUGCCGGAGGCUUGGCCUGACUGCAAACUGGGAAGAUGCUUUGAGGAAAAAGUUCCCCAAAGAGACUUGCUUGUUGGUUGCUGAAGUUGUCUUGCCCGACGGCCCUGCCGACUCCAAGCUUCAGGAGGGUGAUAUUCUGAUCAAGGUCAACGAUGAGCUGCUCACUCAAUUCAUCCGUCUUGACGAUGUCCUGGAUACGAGCGUUGGCAAGCAGAUCAAGCUGCUGAUCCAGCGCCAGGGGCAAGACAUGGAAGUGGAGAUUGAUGUAGGAGACCUGCAUGCCAUUACGCCGGACAGGUUCGUCACCGCUGCCGGUGCGUCCUUCCAUGAACUCUCCUACCAACAAGCAAGGCUGUACGCUAUCUCGUUGAAGGGAAUGGGAGCUUUCGUAUGUGAAGCCUCCGGGUCUUUCCGCUUUGAGGGCAGUGAGUCGGGCUGGCUCGUCCAGUCGGUCGAUCACAAGGACACUCCCGAUCUUGACACUUUUGUUGAAGUCAUGAAGAGCAUUCCCGAUAAGAGCAGAGUCGUGGUUACUUACAAGCACAUUCGCGACCUCCAUACUUUGAACACCAGUGUCAUGAGCAUUGACCGUCAUUGGCAUGACAAGAUGAAGCUCGUUGUUCGCAACGAUACAAGCGGUCUUUGGGACAUUUCAGAUCUUGCUGACAGAAUUCCGCCCGAGUCUCGUCAGCCGCAGAAGGCGAACUUCAUUCGCAUGGAUCAUGCUCAACACCCGCAGGCAGUGGACAUUGUCAGGAGUUUCGUCAGGGUGUCAUCUUCUAUGCCGCUCAAACUUGACGGCUUCCCCCGUUCGAGGAAGAUCGGCUAUGGUCUCGUUGUUGAUGCUGAGAAGGGCCUCGUCUUGGUGUCCCGUGCCAUUGUCCCGUACGAUCUCUGCGAUAUCCAGAUCACCAUUGCCGACUCGAUCGUUGUAGAGGGUAAGGUUGUCUUCCUGCACCCGCUGCAGAACUACGCCAUUGUCAAGUAUGACACUUCACUCGUCCAAGCACCAGUCAAGACCGCAAAGCUGUCUUCGAAGUUCAUCAAGCAGGGCGAGGACACCAUCUUCUUCGGUUUCAACCAAAACUUGCGCCCUGUGGUAGCAAAGACCGUUGUCACGGAUAUCACAACCGUCGCUAUCCCAGCGAGUGCCGCAACUCCUCGCUACCGCGCCAUCAACCUGGACGCUGUCACGGUGGAUACUAACCUGGCCGGUCAAUGUGGAAGUGGUGUUUUGAUCGCAGAGGAUGGUACUGUGCAAGCAAUUUGGCUGACCUACCUCGGCGAGCGUUCUUCUCACAGCGGCAAGGACAUGGAAUACCAUCUGGGUCUUUCCACACCUAUGGUAGAGCCCGUUCUGAAGCAGAUCCGGAACGACAUUCAACCGAAGCUGAGGAUCUUGAACGUCGAGAUGCAUACCGUCCAGAUGGACAAGGCCCGCAUCAUGGGCGUAACGGACGAAUGGAUCCAGCGUGUUGAGCACGACGACCCUGAGAGGCAUCAACUCUUCAUGGUCCGCAAGGUUGAUUCCGGCCACGAGGGUGGUCUUUUGGAAGGUGACGUAAUCCUCUCGCUCAACGGCAAGCUCAUCACGCGUGUGUCGGAUCUGGACAUCAUGUAUGACAACGAAUCGCUUGACGCCGUCAUCAUUCGUAAGCAGAAGGAGAUGAGCAUCAAGGUCCCUACAGUCCCCACCCAAGACCUCGAGACAGACCGCGCCGUUAUCUUCUGUGGUGCUAUUCUGCACCGCCCGCACCAUGCUGUCCGUCAGCAGAUAAGCAAGGUGCACUCGGACAUUUAUGUCUCGGGGCGUAUGCGCGGUUCGCCGGCCUACGCGUACGGCCUUGCGCCGACCAACUUCCUGACGCACGUGAACGGUGUCGCGACGCCGGAUCUGAGCAGCUUCCUGCGCGAGGUCAAGAAGAUCCCGGACAACACGUACUUCCGGCUCAAGGUCAUGACGUUCGACAACGUGCCGUGGGUGGCGACAAUGAAGAAGAACGAGCACUAUUUCCCGACGAUUGAGUUCCUUAAGGACCCCAGCCAGGAGUUGGGCUGGAACCGGAUUCUGCAUGAGUGUGACGAGGAUGGCGCCAAGGAGAUGAUGGCUGAGAGAGUCGAGACGGGACUUGACCAGGAAAUGGUCGAGAUGCCGGAGCAAAAGUCGGCAUAG